CCUGCUUCUCCGUGUAAAGGACAUCAGUCAUUUCUUGAUGCAGGAUAUCGCCUUCUUGUCUGGAGGCCGGGGGAAGGACAAUGCUUCGAUCAUUACGUUUCCAGAAAAUUGUAAUUUCAGAUAUAUACCAGAAGAUGUGAUAGCAAAAGUGCUGACCUAUUUGAUGUCAGUUGCAAGGCAAAAUGGAUCUGACUCCCGCUUUACCCUUAUCGUUGAUCGACGAUUGGAUACAUGGUUUUCCCUCAAAAUCUCUCUCCAAAAAAUCUCGGCUUCCUUCCCUGGGAACUUGCACUUGGUUUUGGUUCUGCGUCCUACCGGUUUUCUUCAGCGAACUUUCACAGACAUUGGAUUUCGACGUAGUCAGGAAGAUUUCAUGCUCAAAUUACCGGUUGUUAUGCUGAGCUCAGUUAGUGAUUUGCGGACAUAUGUUGAUGACAAGCAGUUAACCCCCGAGUUAGGCGGCACCUUGCAGUACUGCCACAGUGAAUGGAUCAUCUUCAGAAAUGCUGUAGAGAAUUUUGCCCUUACAGUGAAAGAAAUGGCUCAGAUGUUACAGUCCUUUGGAGCUGAAAUGGCUGAGACAGAACUACCAGAUGAUAUUCCUUCAACAGAAGAAAUUCUCGCAGUUCGUGCUGAAAGGUAUCACCUGUUAAAGAAUAAUAUUACAACUGUAACUGAAGAAGGAAAAAUUCUGCUCACAAAUCUGGAAGCAUCUGACACUGAAGAAGCUGUCAGUUCAGGAGUUGAACAUUUUGAACAAAUAAACAGUGACUGGCACACCAUUAAUAAAUUGCUGACUCAAUUACAUGAUAUGGAAACAGCUUUUGAUAGAUUCUGGGAAAAACACCAAGUAAAAAUGGAGCAGUAUCUGCAACUAUGGAAAUUUGAGCAGAAUUUUCACGAGCUUGUGAGUGAAAUUGAACUUCUGUUAAACCAACAAGCAGAGUUGGCAGAUUUAACGGGAAAUAUAGUUGAAGUAAAACAAAAAAUAAAAAUGUUGGAAAACAUAGAUGACAAUUCUCAGGAUCUGUUAGCAAAGACCCGGUUUGUGAUAUCACACGGCCACAAACUUGCAGCAGAUCACCAUUAUGCACUUGAUUUGAUCUGCCAGCAGUGCCACGAGCUACGUUACUUUUCUGAUACAUUGGUUAAUGAGAUCAAAGCCAGACGGAUACACCUCAGCAGGACCUUCAAAAUGCAUCAAUUCCUACAGCAGGCUCAGCAGUGCUGUGAUGAAGGAGAAUAUGUUCUAGCUACUCAGGAAGUAGAUACAUUUCAGUCUAAAGAAGAUGCUGAGAAAGCCCUCAAAGACGUUGACAAUUUUAUUGAAAUGGCCCUGCCCUUCACAAAUUAUGAUCCUGAAGCUCUGCAGUAUGAAUUUGGUAUAAUUUUAUCUCCUGAACUCAAGCUUCAGAUGAGGAGUGUACAACUCAAGCUCGGAAAUAUGCAAAGUAUGUUAGAGAACCAACAAGGUGGUUUCAGGAAACUGACAGAUAAGCAUGUGAAGCCAGUCCAGUUUGUGGCACCUGAUUCUAGCAAUUUGACCCAAUCCAGAGCACCACGCUUCUCACCUCAACAUGCGGGCAUUGGAUGCACUUUCUUUCAAGCAUGUACAGUUUUUACAAAAGGGAGGAAGAUUUGGAGACAAAAUCGGAGCAACUUGGAAAUUGAAGUGAUGCAUGGUUGUCAGGAGAAGAGGAUUUCUGAUCCAUCCUCCAGUUUGGGCAAUGACAAUAGCUUGGCUGUUUUAAAGAACUGCGUCCUCACUGAGCUGAUACAGACAGAGAGGGUGUAUGUUUUAGAGCUGUACACCGUUUUGCUGGGUUAUAGAGCGGAGAUGAAUAAUCCAGAGAUGUUUGAUCUUAUGCCACCUCUCCUGAGAAGUAAAAGGGAUGUUCUCUUUGGAAAUAUGGCAGAAAUAUAUGAAUUCCAUAACAACAUUUUCCUGAGCAGUCUGGAAAAUUGCGUUGGUGCUCCAGAAGGAGUGGGACCUUGUUUCUUGGAAAGGAAAGAUGAUUUUCAGAUGUAUGCAAUAUAUUGUCAGAAUAAACCCAGAUCAGAGGCAAUUUGGAAGAAGUUUUCAGAAUGUGCCUUUUUCCAGGAAUGUCGAAGAAAACUAAAACACAGACUUGGUCUGGAUACCUAUUUAGUCAAACCAGUGCAACGACUCACUAAAUAUCAGUUGCUGUUGAAGGAGCUAUUGAAAUAUAGCAAAGACUGCAAAGGAUCUGAUGAAUUAAACAAGGCACUUGACACAAUGCGGGAUUUACUGAAGUCAGUUAAUGACUCUAUGCAUCAGACUGCAAUACAUGGCUAUAUUGGAAACUUAAACGAACUGGGCAAGAUGAUAAUUCAAGGUGCAUUCAGCGUUUGGAAUGGACACAAGAAAGGUGCUACAAAAAUGAAGGAUUUUGCUAGAUUCAAACCAAUGCAGCGGCACAUUUUCUUGUAUGAAAAAGCCGUUAUUUUUUGUAAGAGGCAUGUUGAAAGCGGAGAAAGCUCUACCAGAUACCCUUCAUACAAUUUUAAGCACUGUUUGAAAAUGGAUGAAGUUGGAGUCACUGAAUAUGUAAAAGGAGAUGACCGCAAGUUUGAGAUCUGGUAUGUUGGGAAGGAAGAAGUUUAUAUCAUCCAGGCUCCAAAUACCAAUGUGAAGAUGACAUGGGUAAAAGAAAUAAGAAUUGUUUUGUUGAAGCAACAAGAACUUAAGACAGUCAAGGAAGAAAAGCAACAUAAUGAGUUAACAAAGCAGAAUAAGCAUUCUUCUCAGCAGAAUGAUGAAAAGCAACAGGGAGCUUUUAUAGAUGCCAAGGAAACUGAAUCGGGACACACCCGCGCCAUGGUGGAGGUCGGUGAGGCAGCUGUGUCAGUUCAGGCAGUAGACACAGUUGGGACUGAGAUGCCACCACCUUUAGAAAUCUCUGAAGCAACUGAGGAAUGGCUAAGCAACAAUUUCUACUCUUCUUAUGAUGACAAUGAAGGAGAUGAAAAGCCCCUAAUGAAGAGGGGAAUGCAGAAAAACCUACUAGUUCUUUUCUCCCAGCAAUUCCCACAGUUGAGCUACUAAGGAAAACAUACAAAAGCAAUACGGUGCAUUCCAUCCUCCCCCCCAUCAAAAAUCCCCCAAACCAAAAACAAACAGGUUGAAAAGAGCCACUCUUGUACUCCCACUUUACCAAGUCAAAAAUCUAAGAAAUAAAGGGAGCUGCUUCUCUUGUAGAGGCCCGUAUUGGGAUGGUCUUCUAUUACGACGAAGCUACGAUGUUAAAUGGCCAGUAGCUCUUUUCCUGAGUGCUCCUCAGCCCAUUUGAUAAAAUUACUGCUCAGAAGAUGUUCAGCCCAAGUGAAGUGGUUAUUGUUUUCAGGUUAAUUCCUUUGGACAUGCAAGAAAUCAGCACCACAUAAUUCUUUUCUUUCAUUAAAUUUUUUUUAUUAUGUUACUCAUUUUAAAAUAAUGUAUUCAGUGUGUAAUACCUUGUGCUGGAAAAAACUUAUCUCAGAAUAGUUUUGGAUUUGAGAAUUUUUAUUUCUUCUCUGUCUACUUUCUAACAAGAUGCUGUCUGUGUGCCUUGGAUUAUGUAGUUUAUUAAUGAGUCAACUUAAAACUAUAGCUGUAAAAAAAGAGAUUAAGAUGAAGUAAAGCACAGUAUUAUGAUUUAAUAUGCUUUUAUUGGACCCAGAGCUUUUGUGCCCACUAUUUUUACCUGUGCAAAGUGAUAUGAAGCCCAGAAAGCCUUUGGGGACAUUAGUAAAUGCCUUUGUUCAGCACCACUGCCUUUUGUAUGUGCCAAGAUAAAUUUUUCAUAAGCAUAGUUUACAAAUAACAGUAUUUGAAAAUUAUUUUUGUGCUUGUUUUUUUUUUUUUGCCCCUGGAAUUGUGCUUGUAACUCAUGUGACUUAAAUUAGUUGUGCUCUGUUAUUUUCUGUGUAGUUCAUGCUGUAAUUCUCUUUUGACAAAUUAAAAUGAAUUCUUCAGGUUA